GAGGAAAAUACCAAAAAAAUUAACAAAAAGAAAAAUUAAAAAAAAUAAAUCAUUUCACUUUUUUUUUUUUAACAAACUCUCGAUUCGUAUCGUAGGGCUUCCAUCCCUUUCUUGUUCUUCUGCUUCUUCACCCUCGCAUCCUCCUUUCUUUUAACAUCUCUUUCAAUCUUCUCCAUUUUUCUCUCUCCUAUUAAGCUUCACUGUUUAUAAACAGUUUCUUGAUUAAAAUGUCUGAAACUUCCAAGGUUAUUCAUGUCCGCAAUGUGGGCCAUGAAAUCACUGAGAAUGAUUUGCUUCAAUUGGUUCAACCAUUUGGGUCUGUCACCAAGCUUGUGAUGCUACGUACCAAGAACCAGGCACUUUUGCAAAUGCAGGAUAUGGCAUCAGCAAUUAAUUUAGUGGAUUACUACGCAAAUGUUCAGCCCAAUGUGCGGGGUCGAAAUGUUUACAUGCAAUUUUCUUCCCAUCAAGAACUGACAACAGAUCAGACUCAAGGACGCAAAAGUGACACGGAUGGACAGCCAAAUCGUAUUCUUUUGGUCAGUAUACAUCAAGUCAUUUAUCCUAUGACUGUUGAUGUUCUCAAUCAAGUGUUUUCUCCAUAUGGGUUUGUGGAAAAAGUUGUUACAUUUCAAAAGUCAGCUGGCUAUCAAGCUCUCAUCCAGUUUCAAACACGUCAGAGUGCUGCUUCUGCAAUGAGUGCCCUCCAUGGGCGGAAUGUGUACGAUGGUUGCUGUCAGUUAGAUGUACAAUACUCAAACCUUACAGAGCUACAAGUGAAUUUUAAUAAUGAUCGAUCGAGAGAUUUCACAAACCCAAAUCUUCCUUCAGAACAGAGAGGCAGAAGUUCACAAUCUGGUUAUGGUGAUGCCGGGGGAAUGUAUCCGUUUCAAGCUACCGGGAGUGGCGCAGUUGCAUAUGGCCAGUUGGGAAAUAAUGCAGCAAUGACUGCUUUUCCUGGUGGCCUCCCUCCAGGUGUUAGUGGCACCAAUGAGAGAUGUACUGUCAUAGUAUCUAAUUUAAAUCCCGAUAAAAUAGAUGAAGACAAGUUGUUCAACUUAUUUUCGCUGUAUGGCAACAUUGUAAGGAUUAAGCUUCUCCGAGGCAAACCUGAUCAUGCCCUCGUCGAAAUGUCUGAUGGUUUUCAAGCUGAAUUGGCUGUUAACUUCUUAAAGGGAGCACUACUGUUUGGGAAACGGAUAGAAGUGAACUACUCCAAGUAUUCGAACAUUACACCAUCUACAGACACCCGAGAUUACCAGAAUUCAAACCUGAAUCGUUUUAACCAUAAUGCAGCAAAACACUACAAAUAUUGUUGCUCUCCAACAAAAAUGAUUCACCUAUCAAGUGUCCCCGAAGAUGUAAGUCAAGAGGAGAUUGUAGACUUGAUGGAGGAACACGGCAAGGUCGUCAGCACUAAGAUUUUCGAGGCAAAUGGAAAGAAACAAGUUUUAGUUUUAUUCGAGUCUGAAGAAGAGGCGACUGAAGCCCUUGUUUGCAAGCAUGCUACUUCAGUUUGUGGAUCAAUCAUCCGCAUCUCUUUCUCCCAAUCGCAAAACACUUGAAAGAUAUUGGUGGCUGCUUGCUUAGGUUUGAAUUUUACUCUUCAAAGGUUUUGCUUGUUAACUUACAAUUAUCAAGUUUUCUGUUUUGUAAAAACUUCCCAAUUCUUUUCCUCUCUUUGCCUUCCCAUUAGUCUCUAUAGCUUGUAGCAUUGAGUAACUUUUACAUACAUAUUCAUUUUAUAAGGCUUAUUGUUUGGAUUAGUGGUA